AUGGAUCGCUUUCAGAGAUGGAUCUCUCCCCGGGCGGAAUAUGAGCCUCUCGAGCAUCCUCCGCAGGACGAUGAGGAUCGCCACUUAAUAUCUUCUCAGACACUACCAGAGCCGCGUUUCUCGAGGUUUGAAUAUGGAGUAUUCUUCCUCCUUGGGGUUUCCAUGCUCUGGGCAUGGAACAUGUUUCUCGCCGCUGCACCGUAUUUCUACCAUCGCUUCAGCUCGGAUGAGUGGGCAGCGGCUCACUACCAGUCUUCUAUUCUCAUUGUGUCGACUGUCUCAAAUUUGGGCUCAUCGUUCACUCUCGCGAAGAUGCAGAAACUGAUGUCAUACCCGAAACAGAUCACAGUUUCGCUGCUGAUCAAUAUCGUGAUCUUCACAUUGCUCGCACUAUCUACCGGUCUUCUAAAGAAUGCUUCCAUUGUAUUAUAUUUUAGCUUCCUGAUGCUUAUGGUAUUCGGAACCAGUUUGGCGGCCGGGAUGAAUCAGGUGGGCGUUUUUGCAUAUGUCUCCGGUUUUGGGAGACCGGAAUAUACUCAAGCUAUUAUGGCAGGUCAAGGCCUAGCAGGAGUCCUGCCCUGCAUCGUGCAGAUACUCUCUGUUUUGGCGGUCCCAGAGCAAACAGGGAAACAGAAAGUCCCACAAGAGUCGUCCAAAUCGGCAUUCUUGUACUUCAUAACUUCCACAUUUGUAUCUCUAUCGGCACUGGUUGCCUUCGGGUCCCUUGCUAAGCGACGGUCGAACACUAUGUACGAAAUCGCGCCGAGUUCACCUGACGCUGCUUCUGACCACACGGAUCGCAAGACUGUCAGCCUCUGGGGUCUUUUCAAAAAGCUUCCUUUCAUGGCUCUUGCACUUUUUCUCUGUUUUGCUAUCACUAUGAUGUUUCCUGUCUUCACGGCAAAGAUUGAGUCAGUUCGGGACCCUCAGGGUAGUUCCCGUUUAUUCCAACCAGCUGUUUUCAUCCCGCUGGCGUUCUUAUUCUGGAAUGUAGGCGACUUGGCUGGAAGGAUGUCAGUCCUUAUUCCCCAAUUAUCAUUAACCCACCGGCCUUUUGCUUUGUUUAUCCUUGCAAUUGCUCGCAUGGGAUUCCUCCCCCUUUAUCUUCUAUGUAACAUACGCGGUCGGGAGGCCGUCGUGAAGAGCGAUUUCUUCUAUCUAUUCGUUGUGCAAUUGCUUUUCGGCAUUAGCAAUGGUUAUAUUGGAAGCAGCUGUAUGAUGGGUGCUGGUCAAUGGGUUCCUGAAGAGGAUCGCGAGUCGGCGGGUGGUUUUAUGAGCUUAAUGCUGGUAGGAGGCUUAGCUGCUGGCAGUCUGUUGAGCUUCUUUCUUUCCAGUGUGUGA